AUGCCACCUAGGAGGGUAGGACGUCCUAGAGGACGGGGAAGGGGGCGCGGUGGAAGAAUGCCCCAAAUUGACGAAGGAAAUCAUGAAGAUUGGCGCGAAGUUACGCCACCACCUCCAUCUCCACCUCCGCCUCCACCUUCACCUCCCCCGCCACCACUUAUGCAAAUUCCGAGGAUUGAACGCAGGAUUGAAGAAGUCUUUCUCCGACAGAAUCCACCAAGCUUUAACGGACUGGGCGACCCGGUCGAGGCUGAGACUUGGGUGCGUGCAAUGGAACGGAUAUUCAACUUCCUGCAAUGCACAGAUGGAGAGCGUAUGACAUGCGUGACCUUCCAAUUAGCCGGAUCGGCCGAUUUCUGGUGGGAGGCACGUAAGAAGACCAUGACCCCAGGCCAGAUUGCAAGCUUAACUUGGGAGCAGUUCAAGGCAGAAAUGUAUGAUAAGUACAUCCCUAAGAGUUACCGAAAGAAGAAGGAAGUGGAAUUCUAUCACCUUAAGCAGGGAAGGAUGUCAGUAACAGAGUAUGAUAGGGUUUUCUGCGAGAUGUCCCGAUAUGCUCCAGAACAAGUCGACACUGAUGAAAGGAUGGCGGAGAAAUUUUGUGCCGGUCUGAGGCACGAGAUUAGGAUGGCAUUAGCUAGCCACGGGGGAUUGACCUAUCUGGAGUCCCUGAGCCGAGCUUUGGAUAUAGAGGCGGCAAUGCCCACUGAACGGAGCACUCAGACUGUAGCUCCGGUACCUCCUCAAAACCAUCCCCAAGGGUCCAAAGAAAAACGCAAAUGGGAAGGUACCCGAGGUCCUCAACAACAGAAACGGCCAUGGCAACCACAAUCUCACCACCAUGAUGUUGGAAGACAAAAUGCCCCAAAUCCAACUCGGGGCUAUCAAUCAAAUCUGAGACCAUGCCCCAGAUGCAACAAGGUGCACAUGGGAAUCUGCAGAUCAGGGACAGACAUUUGCUUCGUGUGUGGAAGGAAUGGCCACUUUGCUAGGAACUGUCCGAACAAGACUUCUGGAGUAGGGGCAAGGUCGAACCAGCCAGCACAGCGCACACAGUUGCAAGCAAUCCAGAUGCAACCUUGGCAACCACCACAGUUACCUCCUCCACCAAAGCAGCAGCAUCCUCGGAGGCCGAGUCUCCCAUCACAGGCCCGUGCCUAUGCUCUCAGACAGAAGAAACCGGAAGGGGACCAAGGAAAUCUGGCAGGUAUGGCUAUGCUCCUCGGUGUACCUGUCAUUCUCUUAUUUGAUACUGGUGCAUCGCACUCCUUCAUAUCAGCAUCUUGCGUAGAUACCUUAGACAUCCCAACGAAUCAAGUUGAACAUAGACUUAGGGUGUCUUCGCCUGUCGGAGGAAUAAUUGAAAUUAAGUGCUUCUGCUCAAACCUAGAGCUAGCUGAAAACUAUGCCACUAUCCUGUGCAACCAACGAAAAAUCUCUUUUCACCCUCCCGAGAAGGACGCCACUAACUUUCAUGGGGUUACCUUGGGUAAGCGGAAAUCCAUAAUCUCCGCGCUACAAGCCGCAACGCUUGUACGAAAAGGCCACCCGGCCUAUCUUGUCUACCUGAACGAAGAGAGAAAAGAAGAGAGGAAAAUUGAAGAUGUAGAAAUAGUGCGAGAGUUCCCAGAUGUGUUUCCCGACAAUCUACCUGGUUUACCCCCGGAUAGGCAAUUGGAAUUCACCAUCGAUCUCGAACCCGGGUCCGCGCCAGUAUCGAAAGCCCCAUACCGAAUGGCCCCGAAGGAAUUGGAGGAAUUGAAGAUGCAACUUCAAGAACUGAUGGACUUGGGUUUCAUCAGACCCAGUGUCUCACCGUGGGGAGCACCAGUACUUUUUGUGAAGAAGAAAGAUGGGACGCUAAGAAUGUGCAUUGACUACCGAGAGUUGAACAAGCUAACUUUGAAGAACAAAUAUCCGUUGCCAAGAAUUGAUGACUUGUUCGACCAGCUCCGAGGAGCUAGUGUCUUCUCAAAGAUGGAUUUAAAGUCAGGCUACCACCAACUGAAGAUUCGACAAGAUGGCAUUCCAAAGACGGCUUUUCGAACGCGGUAUGGCCACUACGAGUUUGUGGUGAUGCCCUUCGGCUUGACAAAUGCACCUGCGGUUUUCAUGGAUCUCAUGAAUCGAGUCUUCCACCCCUAUCUUGACAAGUUCGUGUUGGUAUUUAUAGACGACGUGCUCAUCUACUCAAAGGACAAGGAGGAACAUGAAGAACACUUGCGGAUCACUCUGGAAACGCUAAGGGCCGAGAAGCUAUACGCCAAAUUCAGCAAGUGUGAAUUUUGGCUCAACGAGGUGAAUUUCCUCGGUCAUGUGGUUACUGCCGAAGGAAUUCAAGUAGAUCCAGCAAAGGUGGAGGCCGUGCAAAAUUGGAAACCUCCUGGAACACCCAACGAGAUACGAAGCUUCCUGGGAUUGGCAG